UGUGCGCAAGAGUGUGAAGUUGUUAUCAAGACGCUUUAUGAAUUAGAAUCUUUCUAUAGAUAUAGAAUGUAACUAACAUUGUACAUUUUGUGGAUACUAUACAAACAUUUGAUCAAAGCGAAUGGAUGAAUAGUAAUAACCUACAGCGUGUGAAUCCGUGUAUCACUUUUUGUAAACCCCGUUUUGCAAAUGUUAUCGUAAAAGCCGAAAACACAGAAGUGUUCACUAUGAAGAACUUCGUUCGCAGGGUCAUUCGGGCGCAGUUGGAACACUUGACGUCACUGCUGAGUAUGGAGGGGGAAGAGUGUUUUAUUAUCACUGCUUGUAUAGUCGAUGGAAGUUCCCAUUUAUUUGGCUCAACCAAGGGAGUUGAAUACAUACAGAACUACUUUAAAGGCGUGGUGGAGGAGAUUUUACCCUAUUUAAUGACGCCAAUAUGUAUUGAAUGGGUUGACUAUAUGCAAUGAGAGUCCUAACUGACUUUUAAAAAAAUAUAAGAAGAGGAAAUAUAACUAACUCUUUUUUGAAGGAAUAUAAGACCUGUCAAAAUGUCUUUAUAUAAUAAUGUUACAUGACAUAUCUAAAUAAUCUGUGUAAGAAUGUCUGAACAAUUAUUUUAAUUCGAUCAUGAAGAAAAUGUUAAAACUCGGUCUCAUUCUGUC